AUGGCCACCUGCUGGCAGGGCCUGAAGGCCUAUCGCUCCACUUUGAUCGUGCUCUUGCUGCCCAUUCUCCUGCUGCCCCUACCCAUCCUUGUCCCCACCAAGGAAGCCUACUGCGGCUACAGCAUCAUCAUCAUGGCGCUCUUCUGGUGCACUGAGGCACUGCCCCUGGCCGUCACUGCCUUCUUCCCUCUGGUCCUGUUCCCUCUGAUGGGGAUCAUGGAUGCUUCUGAGGUCUGCAUCGAGUACCUGAAGGACACCAACAUCCUCUUCAUCGGGGGGCUGCUCGUGGCCAUCGCCGUGGAGCACUGGAACCUGCACAAGCGCAUCGCCCUCAACGUGCUCCUCCUCAUCGGGGUGCGGCCGGCCCUGCUCAUGCUGGGCUUCAUGCUGGUCACGGCCUUCCUGUCCAUGUGGAUCAGCAACACGGCCACCACGGCCAUGAUGGUGCCCAUCGCCCACGCGGUGCUGGAGCAGCUGCACCGGGCACCCUCAGACGUGGAGGGGGGCAGCAGCAACCCCACCUUCGAGCUCCAGGAGUCUGAGCCCCAGAAGGAAGGGUCCCAGCUAGAUAACGGGCCGGCGCCCCCCGGCCCGCAGGCGCCCCCGCAGCUCUCGAAGGAGAAGCAGCAGGAGCAGCGCCGCUUCAGCCAGGGCAUGAGCCUGUGCGUGUGCUACUCCGCCAGCAUCGGGGGCAUCGCCACGCUGACGGGCACCACCCCCAACCUGGUGCUGCAAGGCCAGAUCGACUCCCUCUUCCCCGAAAACGGCAACGUGGUCAACUUUGCCUCCUGGUUCGGCUUCGCCUUCCCCACCAUGCUCAUCUUGCUCCUGCUGUCCUGGGUGUGGCUGCAGAUCGUCUUCCUGGGCUUCAACUUCCGGAAGAACUUUGGCUUAGACGGAGAGGCGCGGCGGCAGGAGAAGGCCGCCUACCGCGUCAUCCAGACCGAGAGCAAGCAGCUGGGCUCCAUGACGUUUGCCGAGGGGGCAGUCACGUUCCUCUUCAUCCUUCUGGUGGUGCUCUGGUUCACCCGUGAGCCAGGCUUUUUCCCUGGCUGGGGCGACGUGGCUUUUUCCAAUAGCAAAGGGAACAGCAUGGUGUCUGAUGGGACAGUGGCCAUCUUCAUCAGCAUAAUUCUGUUCAUCGUGCCCUCCCAGAUCCCAGGGCUCACUCAGGACCCAGCAAAUCCGAGGAAGCUGAGGGCCCCUCCGGCCCUCCUCAACUGGAAGACGGUGAAUGAGAAGAUGCCCUGGAAUAUCGUCUUCCUGCUGGGAGGUGGUUUCGCCUUGGCCAAGGGCAGUGAGAAAUCGGGCCUGUCCAAGUGGCUGGGGAACAAGCUGACCCCGCUGCAGAGCAUUCCACAUCCCGCCAUCGCCUUUAUCCUCUGCCUCCUGGUUGCCACCUUCACCGAGUGCACCAGCAACGUGGCCACCACCACACUCUUCCUGCCCAUCCUGGCCUCCAUGGCUCAGGCCAUCUGCCUCCACCCGCUCUACGUCAUGCUCCCCUGCACACUGGCCGCCUCCUUGGCCUUCAUGCUGCCCGUGGCCACCCCGCCCAAUGCCAUCGUCUUCUCAUUCGGGGGCCUCAAAGUGUCCGACAUGGCCCGGACAGGGUUCCUGCUCAAUAUCCUCGGGGUGCUGGUCAUUACGCUGGGCAUCAACAGCUGGAGCUACCCCAUCUUCAAGUUGUACACCUUCCCGGACUGGGCACACUCCAACACCACCAACUGCAUGGUCAACAACACCAUGCCCUAG